CCCUAAUUAUACCCGGGCUCGCAUAUCGUUCUUAUGCUGUCUCAUUCAAGUACUGGGCCGGGCCUAGAUGAUAGGGCAUGUCGCAACGCUGGACUCGUCAUCGAAGCCUAGACAUAUUGUUUCUCGGGGCAAUGCAAACAAUUGCUAUGUCGUUGAUCUCGGAGUGAAGGAUGCGUGUCAGCUUAUUAUGUCUCCAAUCACAGAUCUAGGCAGUUCGCCUGUAACCUUCUCGUCUGCUGUGGCAGACAAGAAUCGUUCUGGGCCCUUGCAUCCAUUUUCGCAGAAUCCAUUCGUUACACGCCAGGACGUCGUAAAUGCUGUGGCCUCUUUGCUCGACCCCCUUGCUCAUGGUACCUCCGACGAGGGAGGUCUCGUCAAAGUCGGCGCAACAGGGACUCGCUUCGAUGAGACAGCCGCGCAAAUCGAGGGCUAUGCUCGACCAUUAUGGGCGCUUGCACCUCUCCUCGCUGGAGACAGCAAGUAUGCUGGCACACAGCGCUUCGUCGAUGGGCUGGUUAACGGCACCGACCCGAAAAGCCCGCAGUUCUAUGGUUGGAUGGAAGAUACUGAUCAGCGAAUGGUAGAAGCGUGUCCAAUUGGUUACACCCUGGCCAUUGCUCACAAGGAUUUUUGGGAUCCUUUGAGCGUUGAGCAGAAGAGCAACGUUUCCACGUGGUUGGACAGCAUGAACGCCAAGGUCAUGCCCAACACGAACUGGCUCUGGUUUCGUGUCUUCGCAAACUUAGGACUGGCUAAAAACAAAGCUCCAUACUCGGAGGAGCGUCUCGAAGCCGAUAUCAAGCAACUCGAUACGUACUAUCGCGGUGAUGGAUGGUCUAACGAUGGCCCAAAAGGCUAUCGUCAGAUGGAUUAUUACUCCGGUUCAUUUGCUAUCCAAUAUCUGCAGUUACUGUACGCCAAAAUAGCCGGAGAUCGUGACCCAGAGCGAGCCACGGAAUUUCGUAAAAGGGCUGGACUUUAUGCUCAAGACUUUGUCCAUUACUUUGACCCCGAAGGUCGUGCAGUCACCUUCGGUCGGAGUUUGACUUAUCGAUGGGCAAUGGUGGCCUUCUGGUCAUCUGUUGCUUUUGCAGAUGUCGAGCUUUCUGCACCCUUAUCUUGGGGCGUUGUGAAAGGAAUAUUUCUGCGGAAUCUGCGAUGGUGGUCAACCCAGCAUGAUAUCUUCCAACCCAAUGGCAUGCUUUCGCUCGGCUACUCAUAUCCGAAUAUGUACCUGCUUGAGAAUUACAAUAGUCCUGGCUCGCCGUACUGGUGUAUGCUUGCUUUCGCGGCGCUUGCAUGUCCGGCGACACAUCCGUUCUGGUCCUCCCCUGAAGAGCCACACCCCUGUGCAUCAACACGCAUCCUUCGUCCUCUACCACAUCCACGACACAUCUGUGUCCGCUCAGCAGGUCACACCUACCUGCUGUCCAGCGGCCAGACGUGCCACUACGCGCUGAAAGCCCCCCAAGCCAAAUAUGGAAAAUUCGCAUACUCGUCUGCCUUCGCCUACUCCGUGCCCACAGGCUCAUACACAUUAGAGCAGCAUGUCCCUGAAUCGUCUCUCGCGCUCUCCGACGACGGCGGCGAGCUAUGGAAAAUGCGCCGCGCGCUCGACGGAGAUAGCACCAUCGAGACUUUCGACGACGUCCCCGUACUAGUCAGUAGCAUGAAACCCUGGAGCGACGUACAAGUAACCACAUACCUAAUCCCGCCAUCCUCAUCCUCCGAUAAGCCUGAAAGUGCCUAUCAUAUCCGUGCACACAGAAUCACGACCGCCCGGGCUUUGCAAUCCGCCGAAGGUGCAUUCGCAAUCUACGGGUGUCGCGCCGUCGACGGCCGUACGCUUGGUCCAUGGUCCGACGAGCGUCAGGACGGAUACUGGUACGACAAGACGUCCGUCUGGGGUGUGUCACGCUCCGGAGCUGUUGGCAUACGGGAGCUUCAUCAGCGCGAACGGCAUGGUGGGAUGUGUCUUGCGGAUCCGAAUUCAAACCUCGUGGAGCAGCGGACGAUGCUACCCACGUUGUAUCGCGACCUGAGUGCCGGCGAGACGGUGUGGCUUGUCAGUGCCGUGUUUGCGGUUCCGAGUAGUAAAUAUGGAUGGAAGUUGGAUUGGAAGCAUUUGUGGGACGAAGAACCUGUCGUGCCGGCGUGGUUGGAGAACAUCAUUGCAAACGAUGGAAAAGCCGUCUGAAGAGUACUGUGUGUGAACAGUGUGCUCGCGUUAUUUAGAGGCUACUCUAGCGCAUUAUGCCAUGAACGUGUAUGCCAGCUGUGCGUUCAAUGAAACUUACAUAAGUCAGUUUUAGAUAGGUACGGCUGGCUGCGUAGUAUUCAUUCAGCUGUAAAAUCUCACACAGGCGCGUGGGAUCGAUACUCAUCUGUAAAGCCCCCGACACAAUAAAUGUGAUGUAU